AUGAGCUUGGCGACAGCAGAGAGCUUAAAAGACAGUUGCACUGUGCUCAGUGAUCCAGCGCACCGCGACGAGCAGAGUGCGCAGUCGCAUCCGACCGUGAGCUCGACCGACGACGCAGCAAGUGAACCUCCAGCUCUGCUGCCGAACCGAGACGGCAACUCGGACGGAGCUCUGUCGAGUGAUGCACUGCGCUUGGCCAAGAAGAAAGCCAAGCAGGCCAAGAAGGCCAAGAAGAGCGUCAUCUCGUGA